CAGUCGCUGUGUGUGGAGAGACAAGUGUGCCGGAGGGGGAGAGAGCCCACUCGUGUGUUGAAUGUUGUGCGUGGACCAUCACCAGCGCGCCGCCGCCGCCCGCUCACAUGCACACGCACCUGGCUGAGAGCUUUACGGUGGCCGCGGAGAGACACAGCGUGUGAUUUGUGUGUAUGUGUUGUUAUUGUUGUUGCAUGUGAAGAAGGCUGCUGUUCGCCGGCUCUGCGGCUGUUUGUGUGUUCUUGUCGGCCCCCCCUCCCUCGUCCCUCCUUCCUAUGGGACUCUAAUUAAUCGGAGGCAUGUGGACUCGCACCAGGAUUAGACAUUGCUUCCUAAUAGUGUGCCUGCUGUUGACGAUAUGGGCCAAGGCGUCCCAGUCGACGGGCUAUUUCGAGCUGCAGCUGAUCUCCGUGGAGAAUGUGAACGGCGAGUUGGCUGGCGGGGAGUGCUGCGACGGCUCCAGGAGCUCCCAGGAGGAUCUGCGCUGCGUGGAGGACGAGUGCGACACUUACUUCAAGGUGUGCCUCAAGGAGUACCAGGUGGACGUCACCACUGGGGGGCCCUGCACGUUCGGAGCAGGAGCUACGCAAGUUCUCGGUGGAAAUAUGUUGAAUUUUCAGAACGGCAAGAAUAAAAUCGACGAGGCUGGAAAGAUUGUGAUCCCCUUCCAGUUUGCAUGGCCGCGGACGUACACCUUAAUUGUUGAGGCCUGGGACUGGGACAACAUCACCCGUAACAAUGACGAGGAGCUGCUGAUCGAGCGGACCGCUCACACGGGCAUGGUCAACCCCGGUGAUCCCUGGAAGACCGUCCCCUACGACGGGCCCGUGGCUCGCAUCAUCUACCGUAUUCGGGUGCGGUGUGAUGACAAUUACUACGGCAACAAGUGCAAUAAGCUGUGUGUUCCUCGCGACAACUACUUUGGCCACUAUCGCUGUGAGCAGUCGGGCGCCAAGGUUUGCCUGGAGGGCUGGAUGGGUCCUGACUGCAGGACAGCAAUCUGCAAGCAAGGUUGUAAUCUACUACAUGGUGGCUGCACAGUUCCGGGGGAAUGCAAGUGUAAAUACGGCUGGCAGGGGCAGUUCUGCGACGAAUGUGCGGUGUUCCCCGGAUGCGUUCACGGCACUUGCAGCGUCCCCUGGCAGUGCAACUGCGAGAGGAACUGGGGUGGCCUGCUGUGCGAUAAAGAUUUGAAUUACUGCGGGCGCCACCAGCCGUGCAUCAAUGGAGGCACGUGCAUGAACACCGAACCAGACGAAUACUACUGCGCUUGUCCACAAGGCUACUCGGGCAAAACGUGUCAGAUGGCCGAGCACGCCUGUGUUUCCAGUCCUUGUGCAAACGGUGGCACAUGCCAUGAAGGUCCCUCGGGGUUUGAGUGCCAGUGUCCGCCAGGCUGGGAGGGUCCGACCUGUGCACACAAUUUGGACGAGUGUGCCUCUAAUCCAUGUGCCCGGGGUGGAACCUGCAUGGACCUGGAGGAUGGCUUUGAGUGUGUCUGCCCUCCACAGUGGGAAGGAAAGACCUGCCAGAUAGAUGCUAAUGAGUGUGCAAGAAAGCCGUGUGUGAACGCUUAUUCUUGCAAAAAUUUGAUUGGUGGAUAUCACUGCGACUGUUUUCGGGGAUGGUCUGGACAAAACUGUGACAUCAACAUGAGUGGCUGCAAAGGACAAUGCCAGAACGGAGCUGCAUGCAAGGAGGGCCCACCAGGCACCUACCGCUGCCAGUGCCCACCAGGCUUUGUUGGUUCUCACUGUGAAAUCCAGAGGAAUAAGUGUGACAGCGGACCGUGUCAGAAUGGAGGGCAGUGCCAUGCUGUGUUGGGUGGCUUUGUGUGUCAGUGUCCAUCAGAUUACGCAGGGCAACUGUGUGAGAUCCAGAUCUUUUCCCCUUUGGAUGCUUGUGAUUCAAACCCGUGUGAGAACCAGGCCAAAUGCCACAGCAUGGACCAGGACUUCUACUGUGCAUGUCCUGAGGGCUUCGAGGGAAAGACCUGUGAGCAACCCAAAGAGGACUGCAAGACCACACCUUGUCAAGUUAUCGACAGCUGCACUGUUGCCGUAGCGACCAACGACUCUGCAGAAGUGCGGCACAUCUCCUCCAACGUCUGCGGACCACGAGGGCGCUGUGUGAGCGGCCCGGCUGGCAACUUCACAUGUAUCUGUGAUGCGGGGUUCAGCGGCAUCUACUGUCACGAGAACAUUAACGACUGCAUCCAAAGCCCAUGUCAAAACGGGGGAACCUGCAUUGAUGGCGUCAACUCGUUUCAGUGCUUCUGUCCUGACGGAUGGGAAGGACAACUCUGUGACCUGAAUGUCAACGAGUGCAGACACAACCCUUGUAAGAACGGCGGCCGCUGCGUCGACCUUCUGAACGACUUCUACUGCGAGUGUGCCGAUAACUGGAAGGGCAAGACCUGCCAUUCGCGUGAGAGCCAGUGUGAUGCCACCACCUGCAGUAAUGGAGGCACCUGCUAUGACCAUGGGAACACCUUCCGCUGUGCCUGCCCACCUGGCUGGGGAGGAAACACAUGCAACACAGCCAAGAACAGCACAUGCGCCUCCAGUCCUUGCUCGAACGGUGGAACCUGCGUGGGAGGAGGAGACACCUUUUCUUGUAUCUGCAAAGAAGGCUGGGAAGGUCCCACCUGCAGCCAAAAUAUAAACGACUGCAACCCUCAUCCAUGUUAUAACGGCGGUAUCUGUGUGGACGGAGUCAACUGGUUCCGCUGUGAGUGCGCCCCCGGGUUCGCUGGGCCUGACUGCAGAAUCAACAUCAACGAGUGCCAGUCUUCACCCUGUGCCUAUGGCGCCACCUGUGUGGACGAGAUCAACGGUUUUCGCUGCAUUUGUCCACUCGGCAGAACUGGAAUCAGAUGUCAAGAAUUCAUAGGUAUCGGGAAGUCUUGUCAGUACGCCGGGCUGCAGUUUCCUCAUGGCAGCCGCUGGGAGGAAGAGUGCAACAGUUGCCACUGUAGCAACGGAAAAGUGGAUUGCACAAAGGUGCUGUGUGGUCGCCGGCCCUGCCGCCUCCCAUCCUCAGACCAGGACCAGACCGUGCAGUCAUGCCCUGCAGGACGCGAGUGUGUGCCACACAGAUACUUGACGUGCUUUUCCCCACCUUGUCAUCAGUGGGGGGUUUGCUCAGUGGGUAGAACAUCACAAGCACUCACACAGACCACCAGCACCAAGUGCCAGCCCAACAGCGGGCACCUGGACAACAACUGCGGGCGUGUCACGUUGGUUUUCAACAAAGACAAAGUCCCGCCAGGGACCACAGUGGAGAACAUCUGCUUUGAGUUGAGGUAUCUUCCUGACACCAGAACUCUGGCAAAAGACCACAUUCUCCUGCUGCUCUGUGACCUGUCUCAUUCCACUCAGGAUGCUGUGGAAGUGGCCAUUUCUUUCCAGCCCGAGGACCUGACAGACCACAGCCUGAUACAGGAGACGGCCAACACCAUCGUGGGCACCUUGUCCAAGCGGCACAACAGCACCAUCAUGUUGGCGGUCAUAGAGGUCAAAGUGGAAACGCAGGUCACGUCCCAUUCACUAGAUUACCUGGUGCCUCUACUGUGUGUCAUCUUCAGUUUGCUCUGCCUCUUCUGCAUCAUCGUUUGUGUUUGGUGGACUCGCAAGCGAAGAAAAGAGCGCGAAAGGAACGCGCACUUACCGUCCGACGUCAACAACCACUGGGAGCCGCUUCGGCUAGUAGGGGGACGUCAGCAGCAGCAGCAGCAGCAGCAGCAGCAGCUGAAAGAAAGCAACAGGGAGGCCGAGCAGGAGCGCAAAAAGCUCAUGGAGCCCUCCUAUCGGACGUGUGAUGGAGGAGAGGAGGAGGAGGAGGAUGAGGAGGAGACGGAGGGCGAGCUGGAGGAGGAGGAGAUGUGCGGUGCAGAGGCGGGAAAGCAGCCUGUUUAUAAGUACUCGAAGACUGCGGUGCAGUCUAGUGGGGGGCUGAUCUGUACCACGCACAGCUCCAGUUCGCCCCUCAAGGCGCCCCACCGGACCCCAGGCUACAGCCCCAAAGACAACCGCUGGAAAAAUGUCAGCGCCGUCAUGACUGGCCAGAAGGACGUGAGAGAUCAUUGUGUAUAAGACAUUUCAACGAAAGACUCGCCAGUGUGGAAGCGAGACGAUGAGCUGCGAUGAGGCAGGCUUUUUUUUUUGGACUACCUUUUGGGAGGAAAAAGGCUUUGCGUUUCAAGAAGCCAUUUUUUGUUUUGCUUUGUUGUCAUCAUAUUUGUGUCACCUGAUAAUGUUUAGAUUCAGGCGGCGCAGUGAACAUCCUUUUUUUCCAGGUGGUGAAAGAAGCCCGCUGCAAUUUUUGUUUAUGUACCUUUUAAGAAACACAAAGAAGAGGGAAAAAAAUCUGUAGAAUGAUUUUUUUUUUUUUUUGGUUGGUUUGCUUUACAGACUGUUAUGACUUUGAGUGGUCCCAUCAGGCUUCUGUUGGAUGUCUGUGGUGGGAUGGGGGGGGGAGCAUACACAUUUAAAGGGCCAGGAAGGGUUUUUAUUGGGCUGUUGCUGUCACAACAACAAGGAAAAACCCUCUCUCUGCUCUUUGUCGUUGCGGCUUUACCCUCACAUCCGCCUGAGGCCAGCACACGCCAGCCUUACCAAAACACUUGGCUCGGGAGGGGAGGGGGCGGUGGACACAAACCCCAGUGCCUACUAUGUGGCCUUCAAUGAUUUUAUCCUGUCUCUCAGUUGUUUGAGCUCUGUUUGAGAAUUUUCUUCUUUUUUUUUUUUUUUUUUUUGCAGUAUUUGAGUUGGUAGCAAGUGCCUUUCUAUGAGCCGGCUCCAGGCUCCAAGUCGCGCUGCCCAGUUUGACCUCCUUGGUUCCAAAUCUCAAACAUCUACGUGUGCAUUUAAAGACUUCCAUUUCACAGCAACGCCAUUCAAGGUAUUUGAUCCAAAACAGAAAUGAAUACUCUGUACAUAUGUGUAAAUACAACAAAAGGAGUCGCUGUGUAUAUUUGAAAUAAGUAACUUAAGACAAGUCACACAUUUUUAUUAUUAUUAUUAUUAUUGUUAUUAUGAUUAAUAUUAUUUUUUUUUACAAUGCCAUUCCUUUUAUUUAUGCCAGUCGAAAUAGGAAGGUUUUAUAAAACGUCCAAAUCAGUCCCACAGUUAAGAACCUUUACACUGAGGUACCACCAAUGAAGGACUUUUUGAAGGGUUUACAAAUGGUUUGUUUUUCUGAUUUUUAAAGCUUUCUUUUAGUUUGAUUUAAUACAAAAUCGUUUGCAGCAGACCAAGUGGCAGUUUCACCGCGAAACAAGUCAACUGAAUGUCGGACUGUGCGCUCAAAUUACCAACGUUAAAGAAGAAUUUGCGUUAUUUAUCCUUAAGUGUUUUCCCACAAACCAUUUCUAAGCCCGUCAUAAACCCUUUUUGUUUCAGGUGCCUUCAAGUAUCGAGUAACGCUUCAUUUGUGUAAUCAGUUGUCAUCUUUUUAUGUUUUUUGGUUUGUUUUCACAAGUAACUUUAAAAAAAACAAAAAACUGUGUGUUGUAUUGUGGCGUGUUUUAUUCGCCUUAGGUAAGUGCUUUCCUUGUCUCACGUUGCUUUCAUGAUAGAAUUUGUGGGUGAUAUACCAACGGACUAUUGAAAAGGAAGAGGAGAAAAAGAAGCUGUCCACCGUGGCUCUUUUUUCGGUCAAAUGUGGACAAAACGCAUUAGCUUCAUGUUUGGUUUCAAGGCUUUAACGAAGGGAACAAUGUUUGCUGUCGCUACCAUGCAGCUGUGUUUGUUUCAGUUCCCAACUCAGCCCCAAAAAAGGCUCAUAUCAAAGUUGAACCCCCUCUUUUUUCAUACCAUGUAAGACCAUCAUAUUUUCUGUUCAUGGGACACGGCAAAAAUAAAGAAUUAAAGCGGCAUCACUGCUGGUGUACAAAAUUGAAUAUGCAUAUUUUCAUUCUAUAUCAUUUUUGUACAAAGGAAAGGUUUUCAUUCUUUCGGUGAAUGUUUCAUGGGCAGUUAUUAAAGCUCU